AUGGUGCUGCUGCGGAAGCUGCCGGGCAUGCCGGGCUGGCCGGCGGCGCUGGGGCUGCGGCUGCCGCAGAAGUUCCUGUUCCUGCUCUUCCUCUCGGGCCUGCUCACGCUGUGCUUCGGGGCCCUCUUCCUCCUGCCCGAUUCCUCCCGCUUCAAGCGCCUCUUCCUGCCCCGCCGGGCCACCGCCUCCGCCUCCUCCUCCUCCUCCUCUUCUUCCUCCGCCUCCGCCGCCGCCUCCUCCUCCACCCGCGACACCGACCUGCCCCGCAGCCCCCCCGCCGCCGCCGAGCCCCGCCACGCCAGCCCCGCCGCCCCCCGCCGCCUCCGGGAGAAGCUCCGCACCGCCGCCCGCAUGGCCGGCCCGCCGGCCCACACCGCGCCGGGCUCCCGGCAGCAGGUGCAGGGCGGCGAGCGGCGAGCCGAGCCCGCCACCGGGGCUCCCCCCGCCCGGGAGACGCGAGCUCCGUUCCGCUUCGACUACGAGCGGUUCCGCCGGAGCCUCCGCCACCCGGUGCGGGGCAGGCGGCCCGGCGAGGACUCCGAGACCCGCGCCCGCAGGAUGAAGAUUAAAGAGAUGAUGAAAUUUGCUUGGGAUAACUACAAACAAUAUGCACUUGGAAAAAAUGAACUGCGACCGGUGACUAAGAACGGCCACAUCGGUAACAUGUUUGGAGGCCUUCGAGGAGCUACGGUGGUAGACGCCUUAGAUACUCUGUACAUCAUGGAACUCGAGGAGGAAUUCCAAGAAGCAAAGAAGUGGGUGGAGAAGAGCUUUGACUUGAAUGUGAACGGAGAAGCAUCCUUGUUUGAGGUGAACAUCCGCUAUAUUGGAGGACUGUUGGCCGCAUACUACUUAACUGGAGAAGAGGUGUUCAAGAGUAAAGCUCUGGAACUUGGAGAGAAACUUUUGCCAGCUUUUAACACCCCCACUGGUAUUCCACGUGGCGUCAUAAAUCUGGGCAGUGGCAUGAGUUGGAGUUGGGGUUGGGCAUCUGCCGGAAGCAGCAUCUUAGCAGAAUUCGGUACCUUGCACUUAGAAUUCCUGCACCUCUCGGAACUCUCUGGCAACCCAGUGUUUGCAGAAAAGGUGAUGAACAUCCGCAAAGUCCUGAACAGAAUUGAGAAGCCACAGGGCCUUUAUCCCAACUUUCUUAGCCCGGUGACAGGGAACUGGGUGCAGCACCAUGUCUCCAUUGGGGGGCUUGGGGACAGCUUUUAUGAAUAUCUCAUCAAAUCUUGGCUGAUGUCAGACAAGAAAGACUCUGAAGCUAAAAAGAUGUAUGAUGAUGCACUAGAGGCAAUAGAAAAACAUUUGGUCAAAAAGUCUGCUGGAGGAUUGACCUACAUUGCUGAAUGGAGGGGUGGCAUUUUGGAUCACAAAAUGGGCCACUUGGCUUGCUUCUCUGGGGGCAUGAUAGCGCUUGGAGCUGAACACGCCGGAGAAGAGAGGAAGCAACAUUACGUGGAUCUCGCUGCAGAAAUAACAAACACGUGUCACGAGUCUUACGCACGCUCAGAUACCAAACUCGGCCCUGAAGCCUUUCGCUUUGAUGCUGGAACUGAAGCCAUGGCAACCAGACUCAGCGAGCGCUACUACAUCCUACGUCCAGAAGUGGUAGAAAGCUACAUGUACAUGUGGCGGCUGACGCACGAUCCCAAGUACAGGCAGUGGGGCUGGGAGGUUGUGAAGGCCCUGGAAAAACAUUGUAGAGUAGAAGCUGGUUUUUCUGGCAUCCGAGAUGUUUACACCACAACCCCAACCCAUGACAACAUGCAACAGAGUUUUUUCCUCGCAGAGACUCUGAAGUACCUCUAUCUUCUGUUCUGUGAAGAUGAUGUGCUGUCCCUGGACGACUGGGUGUUCAACACGGAGGCUCACCCCCUGCCAGUCAACCACACGAACUUUAAAGCAAGUGUGCAGUAGUGAGGCCAUUGCCUAGCGCCCCGCUUCUGCAGCGUCGGCGGGUUGCUGCAUUUCCUUUCCAUUAAAGGAAUUUGUGUUGUUCCUAAAAUGGUAUUUUGGGGCACUAGUCCAAUUCCGGACAGUAUUAUACUGAGGAGAUGAAACCGUGACAUAAGCACCUUCUUUUCCUCUGUGAGGAGCUCUGUUAGCCUGAUAAUGAGAUGUUUAUUCUGGGCCAUAUUGUACACAGUUCAUAGACAUUCCUUUAUACAGAGAAUUUAUAUGAAAUCCACUGACUUUGCUUUAUAGUGGCCAAAGGACUGGAAGUUUGCCAUAAAAUAGACUUCACACACACACACAUCUUCCUUUCAUUUUUCUGUUUCAUUUUUGCCUUUUAUAUACUCUUGGAUUUAUCACCUUUCUAAUUAACAGUUUUCAAUAUACUGUGCUUUCCAGAUGGUAGGCUUUCUAGACUCUUUUGGAAGGACAGGAUAGGAGAACAAGGAAGGGGAGUUGCCCUUUAGAUGAGAGAGCAGCUGGAGUGCAUGGAGCUCUGCCUGGGGAUGGAUGAGGAGCUGACGGAGAGCUUAUGGGUUAGGAUUAAAGAGAGGACAGGUAAAGGUGACAUUAUAGUGAGCGUCUGCUAUAGGUCACCUGACCAGAAAGAACAAGAGGAUCGGACCCUCUACGGACAGAUGGGAGCAGCCUUGGGUUUGAGUUCGCAGGCCCUGGUCUGCACGGGCGACUUCAACCACCCUCGUGUCUGCUGGAGGGACAACACAGCAAGAAUAUAAGCAAUCCAGGAGGUUCCUUGAGUGGAUUGAUGAUAAAUUCCUCCUGCAGGUGACAGAGGAGCCAACAAAGAGAGGUGCUCUGCUAGACCUUAUACUCAUGAACAAGCUGGGGCUUGUUCAUGAUCAAAGGCAGCUUUGGCUGCAGCGACCAUGAGGUGGUGGAGUUCAGGAUCCUGAGGGCAGGAAGGAGGGUAAAAAGCAAGCUCACAACCCUGGACUUCAGGAGAGCAGACUUUGGCCUCUUCGAAGAUCUGCUUGGAAGAGUCCUGUGGGAUAAGACCCUGGAGGGAAGAGGGGCCUGAGGAAGACAGUUAAUAUUCAAGAAUCGUCCUCCAAGCUCAAGAGAGUUCCAUUCCAAUGAGCAGGAAGUCAGGCAAAAAUGCCAGGAGGCUUGUGUGGAUGAACAGAGAACUCCUAGCCAAACUCAAACACAAAAAGGAAGCAUACAGAGGGUGGAAGCAAGGAUGGGUAACCUGGGAGGACUACAGAAAUAUUGUCUGAGGAUCCAGGGCUGACGUUAGGAAAGUUAAAGCCCAAAUGGAAUUGAAUUCAGCCAGGAAUGUCAAAGACAACAAGAAGGGCUUCUAUAAGAACAUAGGCAACAAAAGGAAGACUGGGAAAAUGUGGGCCCACUGUUCAACAAGACAGGGGACCUGGUUACACAGGACAUGGAAAAGGUUGAAAUACCAAAUGUCGUCUUUGCCUCCGUCUUUACUAGCAAGACCGGCCUUCAGGAAUCCCAGGUUCCACAGACCAGGGGGAAAGGCUGGAGCAAGGAAGAUGUACCCUUGGUGGAAGAGGAUCAGGUCAGGGAAUACUUAAGCAAACUGGACAUAUGUAAGUCCAUGGGCCUUGAAGGGAUGCACCCACAAGUACUGAGGGAGCUGGCAGAUGUCAUUGCAAGGCCACUCUCAAUAAUCUUUGAUCAAUUAUGGCAACUGGGAGAAGUGCCCCAAGACUGGAGUAAAGCAAAUGUCACUCCUGUCUUCAAGAAGGGCAAGAAGGAGGACUCAGGAAACUAUAGGCUCAUCAGCCUCACCUCAACCCCUGGGAAGGUGAUGGAGCAGCUCAUCCUGGAAGCCAUUUCCAAGCACACAAACGACAAAAAAUUCAUCAGGAGUAGCCAGCACGGCUUCACCAAGGGAAAGUCAUGCUUGAGCAACGUGAUAAACUUCUACGAUGAAGUGACUGGCCUGGUAGAUUGAGGGGAGAGCAGCAGAUACUGUCUACCUGGACUUCAGGAAGGCCUUUGAGACUGUCGAAGGAGAUCGUCAUAGACAAGCUGUUGAUGUAUGGGGUGGAUGAGCAGACAGUGAGGUAGGUUGAAGACUGGCUGAAUGGUUGGGCAUAGAGGUGGUGAUCAGUGGCACGAACUCUAGUUAGAGGCCAGUAACUAGCGGAGUACCCCAGGGGUCAAUACUGGGUCCAGUCCUGUUUAACAUCUUCAUUAAUGAUCUGGAUGAUGGGGCAGAGUGUACCCUCAGCACGUUUGCUGAUGACACAAAACCAGGAGGGGUGGCUGGUACGCUAGAGGGUCAUGCUGCCAUCCUGAGGGACCUCGACAGGCUGGAGAAGUGGGCUGAUAAGAACUUAAUGCAGUUCAACAAGCAGAAGUGCGAAGUCCUGCACCUGGGAAGGAACAACCCCAUGCACCAAUGUAUGCUGGGGCACCUAGCUGGAAAGCAGUGUGGCAGAAAAGGACCUGGGGGUCCUGUGGACACCAAAUUGACCAUAAGCCAGCAAUGUGUCCUUGCUGCAGAGGAGGCUAGUGGUAUCCUGGGCAGCAUUAGACAAAGUAUUGCCAGCAGGGCAAGGGAGGUGAUGCUUCUCCUCUACUCAGCACCGCUGAGGCCACAUCUGGAGUACUGUGUCCAGUUCUGGGCUCCUCAGUACAAGAGAGACAUGGACAUACUGGAGAGUCCAACGAAGGGCCGCAAAGAUCAUUAAGGGACUGGAACAUCUCUCCUAUGAGGAAAGGCUGAGAGAGCUGGGACUGUUUAGCCUGGAGAAGAGAAGGCUCUGGGGGGGAUCUUAUUAAUGUAUAUAAAUACCUGAAGGGAGGGUGCAAAGAGGACGGAGCCAGACUCUUUCCCGUGGUGCCCAAUGACAGGACCAGAGGCAAUGGGCACAAACUGAAACACAGGAGGGUCCCUCUGAACAUGAGGAAACACUUGUUCACUCUGAGGGUGACCAAGAUUGGGCACAGGUUGCCCAGGAAGGCUGUGGCAUCUCCAUCCUUGGAGAGAUUCAAAAGCCGCUUGGACACCGUCCUGGGCAACGGGCUCUGGGUGGCCCUGCUUGAGCAGGGGGUUGGACCAGAUGUCCUCCAGCGGUCCCUGCCAGCCUCAACCAUUCUGUGAUUCUGUGAUUGUGGUGUCAAAAUAGUAACUAAAUCAAAACCUGUCUGCAAAAUUCUUGAUCCUAAUGUAUUUUUAUAUACUUUUUCUGUGCUCUUAAAACACAUUUACCACACAUCUCAUCUAACUUUCCUUUAUCGUUUCUGUGUUUUUCUACUUUUAUUUGGAACUAAAUGUUAUGAGUCACUUGUAAUAAUUUCACUGCUGUAAUAGUCAAAUCUGUGAAACAGAAUAAAAGUCUUGUAAAAUAAAAAGCA